AUGUUGAAAUUGUUUAUUGUCACCCUAAGCUGUGUCCUCUUGGCCGUCAAUGGCUUGACAUAUAUUCCAUCCUCGUUACGUUUGCGUAGAGAUGUUUCGGAAUUGUUGGCUGAACCAAAAAAUGAAUAUUUGCCACCCGCCACCGAGGAAGCCAAUGAUGUAGAGGUGACUACCAUACUGCCCAGUGAAGAAACCGAAGUCCAAGAUACUGCCGUAUUGGGUAAAGAUGGUUACGAAUACAAGACUGUGAAACGAGUUGUUGUUAGAAGUCGCCGUGAUGUUUCCCACCUGAAUUUGAAUUAUUUGCCACCUUUGGAAGACCAAAAGCCAAGCAAUGAAUAUUUACCUCCUUUGGCCAGUGGAGAACAACAAGAAGAGGUGGAAUCACUCCCCUCCAAUGAAUAUUUGCCACCAGUCGAAACAAAACAGGCCGAAGAAACUGAAUUGGCCACUGAAGCUCCUGAACCUUCAAAGGAAUAUUUGCCACCCGUUCCAGAAGCCAAGGAAGCAUCUGAGGAAACCACAAGUGAAGAACCCAGCAAAGAAUAUCUACCACCAGCCAAAGAAGCAGAAGAAGAAAAAGUGAACGAAAUUGAAGCCACAACUGAAGCAAAGAUCAACGAAGAAAUCACCACCAUUGCUCCCGCCAUGGAAGAGGCUGCCCAAGCUGAAGUUAAAGAAGCCGUAACCGAAGCACCCAUGGAAAUGCAAGACACUGCCGUUUUAGCCGCCGAUGGUUAUCAUUACAAGCAACCCAAUGAAGUACCCAUGGCACUGUUUGCCAUGGAACAAGAACCCGCUCAAAACCCCGAAAACUUGGCCGCCCUUGAAGAAGCCGUUGUCGAAGCUGAAGGACCCGAGAAUGGUGAAUCAGCUGUCUUGGCUGAAGAUGGCUAUCACUAUCGUGUCAUUAAACGUCGUUUCUAA